UUAAUUAAUGGUCACAUGACAGGCAGGGAAACAAAAUAUUUAUAUUUUUAGUGUUUUAUUUUAUUUUUACAUUUUUUAUGAUUUAUUUUAUAGCUUUUCAUUAAACUCACAACCCCCCUGCAGUUCCUUAACCCAAUAGGUUAGAAAAACGUGAUGUAAUGUAGUCCUAAUGAUUAAUUACAUGUUCACUUCAUGUUGUUAAUUACAACUACUGGAAUAUAUUUGCCUUCUCUUUGUCAUUUAUUUAUUUAUUCAUUUUUUUUUUAUAUCAAUGGUACAAUAUUAUCCUAUUUACAGAAAUGUGAUAAAUGAGUUAGUGUAGCCUAAUCAAAAAGUAGUCUGAUUAUUAUUUUGGAUUAGGUAUGUUUCUAACUAAAAUUUUUGUCAUGUAGGCUAAUUUGGAAUUAAUAACAGAAUAUAAAAUUUAAGUAGCCUAAAAUAGCCAGCAGGUGCUUAUUUUCUUACCAUAGGCCUAAACUAAAACCUAACAUCCCAGAACGUUGUUGUGAUUUAUUUAUGUAUUUAUUUUUAUAUAUCUAGCCUAUAGUCUACAAAAACUCACUUUUCAUAAUCAUAUUCUACAUUUUGCGGAAUUAAUUAGUGGCCUACUUGACUGAAUUAGUGGAAUAAAGCUUGCAAGAAAAACAUCAAAUCGAUCAAAACAUCAUAUAAUCUCACGGGGAGUAAUAUUUGCGACUGAGAUUAGAAUCAACUCGGCACAGAAACGAAUUAAUCAAAGCGUCUGGAUCCACUUAUAGAAGAUCCACGCGCUUGCGUCAAUUAACGCGUGUGGGUCCACCAAUCAGAUUCCGGUGUUUGGGCGCCCUUUCGUCGUGCCCAAUGGAAACUGAUCGAUUUAGGCAAAGUGUCCAGAUUCGCAUCUCUAAUGUAAAACGAGAUGAAGUGCAUGGAAGUCCGAUAGGUGUACGAAUAUCUCGCUCGAACUGCUCUGCGAACAACUGGAUUAAAUUCAAGAUCUUAUGCUGAUCGCGAUAACUUCAUAAGAGUGUAUAUUUGAUGUUGUUCUUACACAAAGGGAUCUGUUCGGUAAGAGAUGGCUGUUAACACGGACGCCCCUCACGCGACAGGUGCCCUGGGCGAGAGAGCCGCGCUGCACUCCACCGAUUUUGGAGAUACUCAGAAACUUCUUGACACCUCAGACAAAGAGCUGAAGAAAGAAUUAAACCACUCGCCCUCUGAUACACACCUCGUGAAGUGUUUUGAAGCGGAACAGACUGUGGUUAACGUUGCCCCGGAGCCCAGCUCUCCGUCGCGGGUCAUUUUCAGCCGCGCGUCGUCGCCCACGCUCGCGGAGCGCGAGCCCUGCAGCUUCAUGUGGGUGGCCGUGAUCUCCUGCUUCUGCCCGGCCGUUCCCAUAAACCUGUUCGCGAUUUAUUUCGCACACAUGUCUCGGUCCAUGAUAGAAGCAAAAGAUUAUGAUGGGGCCAGAAGACUUGGGCGUCUAUCUUUGUUGCUUAGUAUCGUUUCCAUUGUUGUGGGUCUGGCUAUAGUCCUAUAUCUGUUGUUGACAGAGUAUUAGUUGGACAUAAAUGUGAGCAUUAAUGUAAACGGGUAUUGGACCCCAAGAAGAUGGAUGAUGAAUGCCAUGGGAAAACCUUCAAAGAAAAAAAGUUUAAAUAUCAAUUUAUAUUAUGUAAAGUGGUAAGCUACAGUGUUAAAAACUUUAUUUAUUAAAUUUUUUUUGCCAAGGACUCAUGUUCACUGAAAAAAUGUUUCUAACCUUGUCUUGAUGGCUCUUAACCAUUUCUGUUGCUGUCUUUGAGACUUUGCUUUAUCCAGCAAUGCAUUAGCACCAGACUAAUUUUGCACUUAAUCUUAAAUGGCUUUGUCUUUUUAAAAUUAUGAUCUAUAUGUUGUAUUCAAUAUGUUUGAAUUCUUUGAAAGAAAAAAAUAUUCCUAUGCAAAGUGAAAUUUAUCAAUUUGUAUUUCUUUUUUUUAAUCUAUAGUGCAAGUGCAUUAUAUUAUGUGAAUGUAUUGCAUGUUGCAAUAACAAGAAUGUGACUUGUUCUGAGAAUGAGAAUCUGUUGUUAUUAUUUUUCUUUUCUUUUACGAUGCACUGUUUGCUGGUACAGCGGAGCUGGUGCAUACAAAAUUAUAUAGAUGUAAUAUACAUUUUGUGUAAUCUGUUACAGCUCAAAAGCCUAAUUUACCCCAAAUAAAAAUUCUGUCAUUAUAUAUUAGAACACAAAAAAACAUAUUUUGAAAAAUAUCUCUUUUUGUGGAUAACAUGAAAGUCAAUGGGUUCAAAUAUCUUCUUCUGUGUCCAGCAGAAGAAAAAAAUCACAGGUUUGGAAUGACGAGGGUGAAUAAAUGAUGAGAGA